AUGGCAGCGAUAUUCCUUGUGUUGGCGUUAUAUCUCACGUCGUGCACAUGUCAGUUCACGGAUGGGAUACAGUCCUACGACCCUGAAUGUUUGGGUGAAGUAUUCAACUGCCUUGGCGGUGGUUGUGUAUCGCAGGCCAAGUAUUGUGAUGGAAAUUUCGACUGUGAUGACGGCAGUGAUGAGAAUUUUUGUACGAACCACCUCCCCGACGAGGAGCUCUGCAAACAGACGAACCAGUACAUGUGUGUGGAUAAGAAGCGAUGCAUUCCCGACGUGUGGGUGUGCAACAAAUACACCGAUUGCGAGGAUGGGAGCGAUGAAAUCAAUUGUACUGCACUACUGGAGACGGAUAAGAACUCAACUUGCAAAGGUUUUGUGUGCGACGGUAAGCGGUGCAUCUCGAACCUGUGGACCUGUGAUGGCACUUACGACUGCGACGAUCGGACCGACGAAGAUAUCGAGAAAACUUGUAGGCAUGCACUUGCUCCCCAUACUGUUAACGAUGGCCUUGCUUGCCGGGAAUUCACAGGAUUGGGUCCUAGAAACUACAAAUGUCUGGAUCACUCGUUCUGUCUGUCACAGGAUCAAAUGUGCGAUGGUAUUAAGGACUGUAGAGAUGGCAGCGAUGAAGGAGUAUUUUGUGAUAAGUGGCACAUAAUGUGUUCAAAUUUCACGUGUGGUGGUAACAAUACCGCUUGUAGUCCAGAGCGUGACGGCCCAGUUUGCGUCUGCUUGGACUCCUACUCCUUGCAGCAGUAUAACUACACAACGCAUCAGUGCGAGGAUGUGAACGACUGUCAACAAGCCAGACCGCAGUGCUCCCAUUCAUGCGAGAACAAAAAUGGACACUUCGUGUGUCAGUGCGACCACGGCUACGUGAAGGACGCGCUGGGCUAUCUCUGCUACGCACCAGGACCAGACGCGUUGCUCUUCUUUAGUACACGCAAUGACAUCAGAUAUGUGACAAUAAAGUCGAAGGAGCAAGUCACUCUCAUUUCAAAAAUUAAACAGGCUCACGGCGUUUCUUACGACGGCAGCCAUCUGUACUGGGUGGAGACAGAGCAAGGCCAUCAGUCUAUAGUCAGGGCUCAGCUGGACAACAUACACGAUUCUAAGGAGGUUUUAGUAGGGCUGGGCUUGGAGGACCCUGGCGACAUCGCUGUGGACUGGCUGGGCGGGAACAUCUACUUCAGCGACGCCGAGCGCGGUAGCAUAUUCGUCUGCCGCGCCGACGGCUCACUCUGUGCCACAAUACAUACGGAGACCAGCCAUCCCAAAUUCCUCACGUUGGAUGUAAAACACGGACUUAUGUACUGGGCAGAUUGGCACAACCGUGCAGUGAUCAUGCAGGCUCGCAUGGACGGCACACAAGCGGAAGUCCUCGUUGACAGUCUUCAAAACUUCGCCACUGGCCUGGCCAUAGACGUGCCCAAUGGCCGCUUGUAUUUCGUCGAUAAGACUAUCAAAGUUGUCAAGAUCGACGACAAAAAGGUCUACUCUCUCUUUGAGGAGCCGUUCCACCACCCAUACGCAAUAGCAGUGUUUGAGAAUACGGUGUUCUGGAGCGACUGGACCUCCAACACUUUGCAAACCACGGACAAACUUCACAGCAGCUCGGAGAAGAGGAACGUACUGUUGUCUUUGAAAGUGCCUGUGUUUGACAUGCACAUAUAUCAUCCACUGAUGUUCAACCGCACUUCUAACCCGUGCGAGCACGCGGGCUGUUCACACUUGUGCCUCGUUACAUCGAAUGUGACACACGUCUGCGCCUGUCCCGAUGGUAUGGAGCUCAUCGCUGGGGUUGAUUGCAAACACCCCAACGACUAUCGCCCGCAAUACUUGGUGAUAGGUGGCGGAGCUUCGUUCACUCGUAUCGAGUACAACACUUUGGGCAACCCUGAGAGCCACGCCACGCACUUCGAUAUCGGCCGGGUACAGGCGAUGGCUUAUGACAAUGUUAGAGAUGUAUUGUACGUGUACGACGGGCAGCGUAAGAGCAUCACCUUCAUCAGUAUGAGCGACUUCACUUUGGGCCUGACGCAUUUGUUUAUUUACAAUGGCUUGGAAAACGUUGUAGAUAUGGGUUACGAUUACGUAACCGACUCGUUGUACAUCUUGGAUUCGGGACGCCGCGUCAUCGAGGUGGUAUCAUUGAGAACCAAUCAGAGGGCGCUGUUGUAUCGCUUCCUGGACGAGGAGAUACCCAUCAGUCUUUGUAUUAUGUCAGAUUAUGGGAGAAUGCUGAUAGCCUUUGUGGAAAGUGAACAAAGUAGCGAAAUCCACGUGGACAGCAUCGGUCUAGAUGGAGAAGACAGGGAGCCUCUUUUAUUGAAUAAUUUAAUGGGUCCUUAUGUGCGAUUGCGUUACGCCCAAAAUAUGGACGUGGUGUUCGUUUCUGACGAGGGACGUGGAAUCAUCGAUGUUGUACAUCCUGGAGGAACCGGUCGAGAGAAUUUCCGAGAGCUAUCCACAACGAUAGCGAGCCUGGCGGUUACAGAUAACUACGUGUUCUGGACAGACAGGCGAACGUCGAAGAUAUUCUGGUCGGAUAUCCACGAGGUCACACAUAAGAUACGACAAAUCGAACUUUCUAUAUUCCCCAACAACAGCCAACUGCACAUCCUGGCGACGUCCAGCGUGCCCAGCGCCGACAGUCCACUGAUGCAGCACGCGUGCGUGCGGCGCGCGUGCUCGCACGUGUGCGUGCAGCGCGCGCACGCCGCGCCGCACGCCGCGCCCAGCAACUUCACCAUGCGCCACCGCUGCCUCUGCCCUCCCGGCUUGCUGCUGCUGCCCAACGCCACCAAUUGCACCGCACCCGCCAGCUGCACGGAACACGAGUUCUACUGCCAUACAACUAACGAGUGCUUCCCGAUGAGUCACAAGUGUGAUGGAAAGAAGGAUUGCCUUCAUGGAGAGGACGAGGAAGGUUGUAAUGUUGCUGAGAAAGGAACUAGCGCGUGUUCCUCACAUGAAACUCUCUGUAAUGGUGUUUGCAUUAGCAAAACCGCAAUUUGCAACAGUAAAUCCGCUUCGAAUACGCGUAAGUAUAUUUUAAUUUAA